AUGGCAUCCCUCACUCCAGAAGGCAUCAGCGCCUUCUUCCUUGGCCCCCAUGCAGAGAACAUGGACUUCUUCAAACAAGCAAUCACCUCGAUCCUCGAUGAGCUGCAGGCAGCACGACUCCGAUACGCCCACACCCACAAGGACAGCGCCAUGAUCACCGACGAGACCAAGUCCUCUCACGACUUCCAGGAGACGACUGAGCGUCUGUCUGUUGCCAUUCGCAAUGGCGUCCAGAUGCUGAGCAGACACUCCAUUCCGUUCUGGUCUCCUCGCUAUGGCGCUCACAUGUGCCCUGACCUUGCCAUGCCGGCCAUGCUUGGUUACUUCAUGGGCAUGAUGUGGAACCCAAACAACGUUACCACUGAAGUCUCACCCUGGACCACCCGCAUCGAACGCGAAGUGGGCGAACAGUUCUGCGAGCUUUUCGGUUACAACCUCGACCCCGAGAACGGGGCUGUUGGCUGGGGCCACAUUACCUCUGGUGGCACCGUGGCUAAUAUCGAGGCCAUGUGGGUUGCGCGGAACUUGAAGUUCUUUCCUUUGGCUUUGAGACGUGCGAUCGACGAGGGAAAGCUCGGCUUCCUCAAGGACAGCUUCAGCAUUGAGACUUGUGAGGGGGUUGUGAAGUGUGUCAGCGAUAUGUCUGUUUGGGAGCUGCUCAAUCUACGCUCUGAGACUCUCUUAGACAUCCCCUGCGUCUUGUUGAAUGGUUACAAGCUUCCCAAGGAGUUUCUGGAUGAGGUGCUCUGGCAAUACAACAUCCAGUGUACAGGCAAGGAAGAGUUGGAGCGCUAUUUCGGAAUCGACAAGACCUCGCAGUUUGUGUUGGCCAAGACUCACCAUUACUCGUGGAUGAAGGGAGCAGCUAUCCUCGGCAUCGGCUCCAACCAUGUCGUCGGCAUUGACAUCGACACUCGGGCGCGCAUUGACCUUGAAGCGCUUGAAAACCACCUCCAGGACUGCCUCGACAACCACCAACCCGUCUACACCGUGGUCCCCAUCAUUGGAACAACUGAAGAAGGCUCCGUGGACAGACUGGCAGAAAUCAUUGCUAUGCGAAAGCGGUUCCAAGCAAAGGGACUUUCCUUCCUGAUCCACGCCGAUGCUGCCUGGGGUGGAUACUUCGCAUGCAUGGUUCCGUCCGGCUAUCACAAGGGCACUUCUCAUGGACUCAAUCUGAAGCCUGAGACCGCUGAAGACCUCGCUGCACUGAAGUAUGCCGACUCCAUCACCGUCGAUCCCCACAAAUCGGGUUACAUUCCCUAUCCUGCUGGUUGCUUGGUUUAUCGUGACGGGCGGAUGAAGAACCUGGUUUCUUGGACCAGCCCCUAUCUUUCGCAGGGUUCUGAUGGAGGAAUGGGAAUCUAUGGACUUGAAGGAAGUAAACCAGGCGCUGCAGCUAUGGCAUGCUGGCUGGCCCACGAAGCCAUCGGCCUCAACUACGACGGGUACGGCUCGAUCCUCAGGCAAGUAUCGUUCAACCGCGCUAUGCAAUCCGCCGUGUGGGCGACGUUCUCCAAACCCAGCGACAGCUUCAUCCUCGUUCCUUUCGAGAUGCUACCCUCCGAAACCAAGGACAACUUCAUGCCCCACGACCUCGAAAAAGACAAGCUUCGCAUCCGCAAGGAGAUUCUGGGAAAGACCUACGACGACAUCGCUGCAGCUGACGCGUGGAAGCCCAAGCAUAAGCGCACCAUGCCGUUCCUCCGCCAACUAGGCUCCGACCUGAACAUCAACACCUUCGCUAUCAACUGGAAGCAUCGCAAUGGCGACAUCAACGAGAAGACAGACUUGGCUAACCGGCUCAUGCGACGCGUGGUGAAGCGGCUAUCCGUCAACUCUCCCAACCAGGAUCCUUCCAAGAUCCCACUGUAUCUUACGUCCACUGAGUUUUCGGUUGAGAGAUAUGGGACCUGUGCGCUGAAGUUCAAGCAGCGGCUUCAGCUUCGGCCGAACCACGAAGACCUCUUUGUGUUGCGCAACGUGGUGAUGAGCCCUUUUGCGGCCCAGGGAGCCCAGUUUCAGAACAUGAUGGAGACCUUUCGGCAGAUUGUGGAGGAGGAAGUCGAGGAGUGUCGACACUUCUAUGAUGACUGA